AUGCUGCUCACAUCGCUCCUCGCAACCCUUCUAUCUACGGUUCCUACUACGCUCUCUGCUCCUGUCACCGUGCCCGUCACUCUCGAUAAUUACCCCUACCAGUGCGGCUACGCACGCACCCGCUGGAACAGCAGCGUGAUCGCCGGUCUCUCCGCCUGGGGCACUUGUACGCCCUUCUUCUGGAAUGCAACGAUCGUGGACUACCAGGACGCUUUUGCGUACGGAAUCUACGGAGGCUGUGCAUGUCGGUUCUAUCUGAACGAGGAAGAUUGCAAGGGCGAGGUCGAUGUACCUGUGUACACAGAACCCACGCCGAGAUGGAGUGAUCCGUUUUUUGACGACCCGAAGCCGAAGUGGUACGAUUGCGAUCGAAUGGAAUAGGAGUUAUCUUGUGUAGGAGUGGAGGUGCUGCCUUAGCGGGACGUGAGCAAGCUUUUCUUUGAUAGGG